UUCAAUUAGACAAUCACACCUCACUGAUAUUUGUUUUAUGGUUCAGACUAUGACUAUUUGGUGUUUAUAAGGAAGCUAGCUGACUGGCUAGCAACAUAAUUAAGCUGAAAAUUAAAAGAAAGGCAAUGGAGCAGCUCAGUCCUGAAGAGAUCCGUAGAAGGCGACUGGCCCGGUUAGCUGGAGGGCAGACGUCACAGCCCAGCACCCCUUUGACAUCCCCACAGAGAGAGACUCCUCCAGGGCCCUCCGGGGCCUCAUCACAGCCUGUCCCACCAGCUCCAUCUCACACUCUGGGCCUAAAUGCCCAAAAUGUCACCCCUGCCACCUCUCCUAUGGGGGCCUCGGGGGUUGCUUACCGCAGCCAGAGCAGCGAAGGGGUCAGCUCUCUCUCCAGCUCUCCAUCUAACAGUCUGGAGACGCAGUCCCAAUCCCUGUCCCGCUCCCAGAGCAUGGACAUUGACACAGCCUCCUGCGAGAAGAGCAUGUCUCAAGUAGAUGUGGACUCAGGAAUUGAGAAUAUGGAGGUGGAAGACAGUGAUCGCAGAGAGAAAAGGAACCUGGCUGAAAAGGAUUCCUCAUCCAGUUCUGACGUCUCUGAAGAGCAGGCUUUGCACCUCAUCUGUAAGAUCUUGCGUGUCUCUUGGAAGGACCAGGACCGUGAUGUCAUCUUCCUCCCCUCACUUGCUGCUGAAUUCCAGAAGAACCCUAGGGAUGUUUACUCUGACUUCAAAGACCUGAUCGGACAGAUUUUAAUGGAGGCUCUAAUGAUGUCCACCCGAUCACGUGACUGUAACCCAUUCGCCAGCUUGACCGCCACAUCUCAGCCAAUUACCGCUGCCAGAUCCCCGGACCGUCACCUGACUCUUGUCCCACCCUCCAGCCAGAGCGGCAGUCCCAUGAUGCCCUGCGCUGGUUCAUUCGGUGCCAGCUCUCUUUCCAGUCUUUACGGUUGUAGCCCAAACCCACUCGCUCUGAGCUCUGCCAGAAUGAGUGCUCCAUCUGUCCCACUGGCUUCUGCAGCCGCCCUCCCGGUUCCCCCAAGUCCUCCUGUCUCUCGCCCUCCCACCAGCCUUCCACCUCCCUCUCCAUCCACCCCUCUGCCCAUCUCCCAGAGAUACAGGCCCUACUCCCUUAGCUCGUCCAUCCCCAUAAGCCCAAGCCCCAGAUCUACUCCAUCUGGUAUGCUUACGCCCCCUACAACUUCAGGUAUACCCUCCAGCCCUUCCCCCAGACACCAUAGCACCCACACCUCCAUGCCUUUCCCCAUCCUCCCCAGCUCUCCCAGCACUAUGGCCAGAAGGACUGCGCUAGCCGCCCGGAUGCCCUCUAGCCUGUGCGCAUCCGGAGGGGGGCUGACUGGUGACUCAGGUAGCGACCGCUUUACCAUAGAGUCCUGUAAAGAGACAGAGAUGCUCAACUACCUCAUCGAGCGUUUUGACAGUGUGGGAAUGGAAGAGAGGAAGGCCCCAAAGAUGUGCAGCCAGCCAGCUGUCAGUCAGCUGCUUAGCAACAUUCGUUCCCAGUGCAUUUCCCAUGCUGCACUAGUGCUUCAAGGUUCCCUCACACAGCCCAGGACCCCUCUACAGUCCUCCCUGCUGGUUCCCUACAUGCUGUGCCGGAACCUUCCGUAUGGCUUCAUCCAGGAGUUGGUGCGCAUGACUCACCAGGAGGAGGAGGUGUUUAAACAGAUCUUCGUUCCCAUUCUUCAAGGGCUCGCUUUAGCUGUAAAAGAAUGUUCUUUUGACAGUGACAACUUCAAGUUCCCUCUGAUGGCUUUGGCUGAGCUCUGUGAAAUCAAGUUUGGGAAGACUCACCCUGUAUGCAAUUUGAUCACCUCUCUGCCAUUGUGGUGUCCUGACCCUCUCAGUCCCGGGACAGGAAGAGAAAUUCAAAGACUCUCCUUCCUUGGAGCGUUCUUUAGUCUUUCUGUGUUUGCUGAGGAUGAUACUAAAGUGGGAGACAAGUACUUCUCAGGCCCUGCCAUCACAAUGGAGAACACCCGUGUGGUCAGCCAGUCACUGCAGCAUUAUCUGGAGUGUGCGAGGGGAGAUCUGUUUAAAAUCCUGCACAACAUCUUGUUGAACGGAGAGACAAGGGAAGCAGCUCUGAGCUACAUGGCAGCUCUGGUGAAUCGUAAUGUGAAGAAGGCUCAAAUGCAGACCGAUGAUAAGCUGGUGUCCACAGACGGCUUCAUGAUGAACUUCCUGUGGGUGCUGCAGCAACUCAGUAUGAAGAUCAAGCUGGAAACAGUGGAUCCUCUCUACAUCUUCCACCCCAAGUGUCGGCUGAAUGUCAGCCCGGAAGAGACCCGGCUCAAUGCCACGAUGGAGGAACUGAAGAGCUGGCUCGCUGAGCUGCAUGAAGACCCGUCCAAGUUCUCAGAGCCCAAGUUCCCUACAGAGUGCUUCUUCUUAACGCUACACGCACAUCAUCUGUCCAUCCUCCCGUGCUGUCGGCGCUACAUACGGAGGCUGAGGGCCAUCAGGGAUCUGAACAGAACUGUGGAAGAGCUGAAGAACAGUGAGAACCAGUGGAAGGAUUCCCCGUUGGCAAGUCGUCAUCGGGAGAUGCUGAAGAGAUGUAAAACACAGCUGAAGAAACUGGUGCGCUCUAAAGCCUGCGCAGACGCAGGGCUGCUGGACGAGAACCUGCUGCGCAGAUGUCUGCGGUUCUUCAGUAUGGUCAUCCAGCUCAUCUUGCGUAUGAUGGAUCCUGCCUACCCACACGUAACCCUGCCUCUGAACCCAGAAAUCCCCAAAAGCUUUGCAGCACUGCCGGAGUUUUACAUUGAAGAUGUGGCCGAGUUUUUGCUUUUUAUUGUGCAGUACUUUCCACAGGUUCUCUAUGAGCCGUGCACUGAAGACAUUGUGACCUUCCUGGUGGUCUUCAUUUGCAGUCAGAAUUACAUAAAGAACCCAUACUUGAUUGCCAAGCUGGUGGAGGUGCUGUUCGUCACCAACCCUGCGGUGCAGCCGCGCACUCAGCGUUUCUUUGAGAUGAUGGAGAACCACCCACUGUCUGUCAAUCAGCUUGUGCCAGCCCUCAUGAAGUUUUACACUGAUGUGGAGCACACUGGAGCCACAAGCGAGUUCUAUGACAAGUUCACCAUCCGUUACCACAUCAGCACCAUAUUCAAAAGCCUAUGGCAAAACAUUAACCACCAAGGCACCUUCCUGGAGGAGUUCAACUCUGGUAAACAGUUUGUGCGCUACAUCAACAUGCUAAUUAACGAUACAACUUUUCUGCUGGACGAGAGUUUGGAGUCUCUGAAACGCAUCCAUGAGAUCCAGGAGGAGAUGAAGAAUAAAGAUCAAUGGGACCAGCUGCCCAGGGAGCAGCAGCAGAGCCGACAGUCCCAGCUGACUCAGGAUGAGAGAGUAUCACGAUCGUACCUGGCUUUAGCAACAGAGACAGUGGAUAUGUUCCAUAUCCUCACCAAACAGGUCCAGAAGCCCUUCCUCAGGCCUGAACUGGGUCCUCGUCUGGCUGCCAUGUUGAAUUAUAACCUGCAGCAGCUAUGUGGGCCUAAAUGUCGAGACUUGAAGGUGGAAAACCCAGAAAAAUAUGGUUUUGAGCCAAAGAAGCUCCUGGAUCAGCUCACUGACAUUUAUCUGCAGCUGGACUGUGCCCGAUUUGCAAAAGCCAUUGCAGAUGACCAGCGAUCAUACAGCAGGGAGCUGUUUGAGGAGGUCAUUUCAAAAAUGAGAAAAGCGGGCAUAAAAUCCACCAUUGCUAUUGAGAAAUUCAAACUGCUGUUGGAGAAGGUGGAGGAGAUAGUAGCCCGCAAUUCUCAGUCUGAGAUGGAUUACAGUGAUGCCCCAGAUGAGUUUAAAGACCCACUGAUGGACACUCUCAUGACUGAUCCCGUGCAACUUCCCUCUGGCAACAUCAUGGAUCGAGCCAUCAUUCUGCGACACCUCCUGAACUCUCCCACUGACCCCUUCAACAGACAGCCUCUCACCGAGAGCAUGCUGGAACCAGUCCCAGAGCUGAAGGAGCGUAUCCAGGCCUGGAUGAGAGAGAAGCAGUGUGGCCGUGUUUGAGUUUUCUCAGUGAGCCAAGCUUGCCCCGCAGUUGAAAUGUUUUCACCAUGCUGGAAGUGAACUGAAGAGAGAGAAAGAGGAAAAAAAUAUGACCAUACCUAAAUUGUUUUCCCCCCUUUAUCCUCUUUAUCGAGCCACUGACUGAAAGGCUCAUGGUUCUAAAUUGAAACAUAAUAAAGUUUAGACUUUUGAAACAUUUUGAUUUUGAAUUUGUAUGUCUGCAUACAUACCAGUCUGAAAGGGCACACUGUCUCACACCAUAAAGUUAACACAUUUGGAUAUAAAGAAAUUGUUUCCUGUUUUGUUUUUGUUGUCCUCAUGAAUGCAUUUUAGUGGUUCUGAUGGUAAGGGAAAACAUUGAGGAAGAGGAUCCAUUUCAUGUUUGUGAAGAAUGUUAAGUAACACCAGUAUUUCCAUUUUUACACUCAGUAGAAUGACAAAACAUUGGCUGUAGACAGUCACAAACCUGCUGUUUAUUUUAUACGAGGAAUACAACAUAUUUUAAAUAAUCAAAUUAACAUGCUCUAGACUGUCUUGUAGAAAAUACAACAGAUGUUGGUGUAAAUUGAUGGAAACAUACCAGUGGAGCGUCAGGUGGUGAUUGCCUCUGUAUUAGAAUUUUGUUGGUUUGCAUAAAAAAUCUCAUAUGUACACCGUUUUGACUAAAAUCUGAAUCAGAGCUCAAACCCAGGAACAAAAUCAAAGAAUGUGAAGCUGUGUUGUAGCAUGAUCGUCAUAAGAAUGCCAGUACAUCACGUUUUUUUGUUCUGUUCUCCAACAUUUUUUGGAUCAUAAAGGUUUAUCAUCUCUUGUUAUUACUAUUAACCCCAGUUGUUGGACUUAAGCGUAAAUGAAGAGUUUUUCCAGUGUCCUAAAGGGUUUAUCUGUACAGGAAUUUGCUUCCUUUGCUACAAACUUCUUUUGGACCCAGCUCUUUGAACUGAAAUAAAUGGUAAUGCACACACAA